GCCGGCUCUUGGGCUCCUGGGGCCGCGCGGCAGUCACAGUCCUCCCUCAGGCAGUCCCAGCUCUCUUCUCCCCGCUUCCUGGAGGCCGGAGCGGGGAAGACGGCCGAUGUGCCCAGGCCACCAGGGUGACCCUCACUUUGCCGGCCCGUGGCCUGGAGCAGUUGCAACUCACGACCGCUAGGUGACAGCCUGUCCUCACGCGGCGUGGGAUCCCCUCCCGGCGUACAAGGAAGGAGGUGGUGUUUUUGCCCAAGAGUUAACCAGACUCAGCGAACGAAAGGGCGGAGAGCAGGAGGCGUGGCUCUAGAGAAGGCGGGUUCGCGCAAGCGCCGCGCCUGGGCUUGAGGAUUCCGGAAAUGUGACUCUGAAAAAUGAGAUGGAGAAGUACGAGCGGAUCCGAGUGGUGGGGAGAGGUGCCUUCGGGAUUGUUCAUCUGUGCCUGCGCAAGGCUGACCAGAAGCUGGUGAUCAUCAAGCAGAUCCCGGUGGAGCAGAUGACCAAGGAAGAGCGGCAGGCAGCCCAGAAUGAGUGCCAGGUCCUCAAGCUGCUCAACCACCCCAAUGUCAUUGAGUACUAUGAGAACUUCCUGGAGGACAAGGCCCUCAUGAUCGCCAUGGAAUAUGCACCAGGCGGCACGCUGGCUGAGUUCAUCCAGAAGCGCUGCAACUCCCUGCUGGAGGAGGAGACCAUCCUGCACUUCUUUGUGCAGAUCCUGCUGGCGCUGCAUCACGUGCACACGCACCUCAUCCUGCACCGGGACCUCAAGACCCAAAACAUCCUUCUAGACAAACACCGCAUGGUCGUCAAGAUCGGUGACUUUGGCAUCUCCAAGAUCCUUAGCAGCAAGAGCAAGGCCUACACGGUGGUGGGUACUCCAUGCUACAUCUCCCCCGAACUGUGUGAGGGCAAGCCCUACAACCAGAAGAGUGACAUCUGGGCCCUGGGCUGUGUCCUCUAUGAGCUGGCCAGCCUCAAGAGGGCCUUCGAGGCUGCGAACCUGCCAGCGCUGGUGCUGAAGAUCAUGAGUGGCACCUUUGCGCCCAUCUCCGACCGGUACAGCCCUGAGCUGCGCCAGCUGGUUCUCAGUCUGCUCAGCCUGGAGCCCGCGCAGCGGCCGCCGCUCAGCCACAUCAUGGCACAGCCCCUCUGCAUCCGCGCGCUGCUCAACCUCCACACGGACCUGGGCAGCGUCCGCAUGCGCAGGGCAGAGAAGUCCGCGGCCGCCGGGCCACCCCUGGUCCCGGGCAGCACCGGGAGCAGGACCAGUAGCGCCCGUUGCAGAGGCGUCCCCCGGGGACCUGCGCGGCCAGCCAUUCCUCCGCCGCUGUCAUCUGUGUACACGUGGGGCGGCGGGCUCAGCGCGCCACUUCGGCUGCCAAUGCUCAACACGGAGGUGGUCCAGGUGGCAGCCGGGCGCACCCAGAAGGCCGGCGUCACGCGCUCCGGGCGCCUCAUCCUAUGGGAGGCUCCGCCCCUAGGCGCCGGAGGGGGCGCCCUCCUCCCAGGGGCGAUAGAGCAGCCCCAGCCCCAGUUCGUCUCCCGUUUCCUGGAGGGCCAGUCAGGUGUGACUAUCAAGCACGUGGCCUGUGGGGACCUCUUCACGGCCUGCCUGACUGACCGAGGCAUCAUCAUGACUUUUGGCAGCGGCAGCAAUGGGUGCCUAGGCCAUGGCAGCCUCAAUGACAUCAGCCAGCCUACCAUUGUGGAGGCCCUGCUGGGCUACGAGAUGGUGCAGGUGGCCUGUGGGGCCUCUCAUGUUCUGGCCUUGUCCACUGAGCGAGAACUAUUUGCUUGGGGCCGUGGGGAUGGUGGCCGCCUGGGACUAGGCACCAGGGAGUCCCACUGUUGCCCCCAGCUGGUACCCAUGCCCCCAGGACAGGAAGCCCAGCGGGUUGUAUGUGGCAUUGAUUCCUCCAUGAUCCUCACUGUGCCUGGCCAAGCCCUGGCCUGUGGGAGCAACAGGUUCAACAAGCUGGGUCUGGACCCCCUUUCUCUGGGGGAAGAGCCUGCCCCACACCAACAAGUGGAGGAGGCCCUGACCUUCACACCACUAGGUUCUGCACCCCUGGACCAGGAACCCCUGCUGAGCGUGGACCUGGGCACUGCUCAUUCAGCUGCUGUAACUGCCUCGGGCGACUGCUACACUUUUGGCAGCAAUCAGCAUGGGCAGUUGGGUACCAACGCUCGCAGGGUCAGCCGAGCACCUUGUCAAGUCCAAGGCCUCCAGGGCAUCAAGAUAUCGACAGUGGCUUGUGGGGAUGCCUUCACUGUAGCCAUCGGGGCAGAAGGUGAAGUGUUCUCCUGGGGCAAAGGGGCCCGAGGUCGACUGGGAAGAAAGGAUGAGGAUGCUGGACUCCCUAGGCCAGUGCAGCUGGAUGAGACACACCCGUAUACAGUGACUUCUGUGUCCUGCUGCCAUGGAAACACUCUCCUGGCUGUUCGUCCGGUGACAGAUGAGCCAGUCCCCCCUUAAGGCACCUGGAUCCUCCUCUGGACACCCUGAUAUUGCUUCUCUUCUGAAUGUUCUUGAAAAAUGCAGGUGCCUCAGGCAUGACCAGCCCCCUGGAUCGUGUCAUCAGUGGGGUAUAAGAACAAGUUAAGUCCCUGCUCUGCUUCUGGCCCUGGAUAUGUAAAACUCAACCCACCCUAUUCCCCCAGCAUCCCUCUUUCCCCUCCCCAGCCCUCCUUUCUUCUAUUUAGUCAGUAACUGGAGGGUCCAGCCUGGCUAGAGUUGGAGACCAGACCUAACCUUUGGAAGCAUGGUGGUCUCUAGACCCUCUGCAGAAAAAGGCUGGAGGUGGCUGUGGCUCCAUCCAGAACCUGCCCCUUCCCCCAGCCCAGUUAGGAAGUAAGCCCCUGGUGUCUACUGGGACGGGCCAGCUCCGUGCUUUGGAGUAGGGCAGGCGGCUGAGGCCUGCCUGGACUGGUCAUUCCAGGGGCCUGGCCCCCGCAUUGCUUGGGGCAGGGAGUCCCAGGAGUGCUGCCACCGGCCCCCACUCCCCUAUCCUGAGGCAGGGAAUUGCACAAUUUCUGAGCGCCUCCCUUCCCAGAGGGAGUGCAUGGGCUGCAGUGUACUGCAGAGGGGGAUCUCUCACCCAUGCCAUUCCCCCAAAGCAGGUUGGGAGAAAGGGUAACUGGCUGGACCAGACUAGCUUCCCAAAUGUCUGGGAAGUAGUGCCAAUAAAAAAAUCAGCUGCC